AUGCGGAGGGGCUCCAAGCCGCUGCCGCUGCUGCAGCCGCCCCUAGGCCAGUGUCUGUGGCUGCUCUGGUUGCAGCUGCUGACCUUCCUCCCUGUGGGCCCGGUGCAAGGGGAGGAGGUGGCGGCGUUAUCAGCACCAUGUAAAGUUCUGAAGGAAAUGGAUAUAUUUAAGGGUUCCGAAUCAGUCUGUUACUGCUACAACCAACUUGCCCAGAUGGAAUGGAAAUGGAUUUGGUCCACCAUCCAGGUGAAAAUUACCAGCUCAGACAUGCUCAGCAUUGUCUUUGUCAUGGAAGAACAUAAUUGUCGGUAUCCAGAAACUAUCCUUUCUUUAAUCAGAUGUUUGAGUCAUUCCUUUUGGAAACCAAAGGAGUCUAACGAUAUAACCAUUGAUAUUAAUCCAUACGAGAAGUCUGUGUGUUUCUAUAUGAAGUCUGCCAAAAAAUAUUUUUUCUAUACAGUGAGGGUGAAUCGACGUAUUGUGGAUACAAAACUCUUCCUUGUGUUCGUGACAGGGAUAUUCCUGUUCUUUAAUGCAAAGACCUUGAGUAGGAGCACUGUUUUCUAUUAUUCUGCUGGAACCAUGCUGGGCAUUCUUAUGACCUUGGUCUUUUUCCUGCUGUUUAUGAGAAGAUACAUCCCCAAGUAUAGCACCUUUGGGGCCCUCAUGGUUGGUUGUUGGUUUGCUUCGUUUUACCUCGUAUUCCAGUUAAUGGAAGAAUUUAAGUGGCUCUGGUAUGAAAACAAAAGGUAUAUAUUAGGCUACAUUCUGAUUGUGGGAUCCUUCAGCUUUGCUGCCUGUUAUAAACACGGACCGCUGGUCCAAGAAAGGAGCAUCAAUCUCUUCAAGUGGAUGUUACAGCUUUUGUCCUUGGUCAUAAUUUACUUUGGGGUUACCACAGCCCAGGUUGCUUAUGCUGUGAUAGUUCUCCUGAUUUCUUCUCAGGGUCUCCAUUACCCAGUCAGAGCUUUCCGCUGUGUGGGCAGAAAAAUCAAGGAAUAUUAUAAAAAGAAAAGAAUGGUGAUUAAGCACCUUACUGAAGAAGAAUACAGGGAACAAGCUGAAAUCGAAACGGCCAAAGCGUUGGAAAGGUUGCGUUUGCAGAUUUUGUUUUGGGAGCGAGUCACCUGUCACCAGAAGAAGUCAGAGCCCACGAAGAGCAAUAUGGCCUCGGAGGCUGGUUUUUGGAAGAGCAGCUCUUCAACCCUGGAGGCUCCCAAGUGGACGAUCCACAAGAUGAUUCCUCUCAGGAAGUGGAAGUAGUUGAAAUGCAGGGUGGGUAUCCAAGGGAGCAGGAACUGUUGUAGGGAAACCAAGGCUACGAAUUUUCCUGGAAUGUAGAUGGAUCCCAGGAGAAAGGGAAAUUAAACAAUAAAUAUCUUUUGUGCCUUCAAGUCAUCCUUGCUGGCAAAGUUCUGCUGCUCCUUGUACGUCGGUGGCAACCAGGAUUCUUUGAAGGAUUCCUUCUGA